GUCCUUCUCCCACUUUCACAUUCAUUUUCACACACACACGCACACACACAGGUGACACAGCGGUAGGUAUAGAGCUCUGGCAUCCAUAUUUCCAAGCCAAACUCCAAAUACAAAAUCACCUUUCUCCCCUCCAUUUCCCUCCAAAAAGGAUCAAACUUUUUUGAAAAAAUGAAGGGAAAGAGGAAGGCAACAGCAAAUCCAGUGUUGGCUGAUACUGCAGAGGGCAGUAGUAACAGUUUAAUUGAGACCCAAGUGAGGGAAGGGAAUAUUGGUGAAGAAAAGGAGAUUAACUGGGUUGAUAAUGGGGAGAAUCGAGAGGAAACUGAAGGAGAAGAAGAAGAGGAAGAGGAUAAUGAUGAUGAAGAGGAAGAGGAAGAGGACCCCAAAGGAAAAGAUGAGAAAGGCAAUUUAUUUGAUGAAGAAAGGACUAAACUUGAUGAGGGUUUCUUCGAAAUCGAGGCUAUUCGUCGAAAACGAGUACGAAAGGGUCAGUUGCAGUAUCUUAUUAAAUGGCGUGGAUGGCCUGAAACAGCAAACACCUGGGAGCCCUUGGAGAAUUUGCAGUCGUGUUCUGACGUCAUUGAUGCAUUUGAAGAGAGCUUGCGGUCAGGCAGGUCUUCACGAAAGCGGAAACGCAAGCAUGGGGCUCCGCAUACUCCCUCCAAGAAGAAGCAGCCACGUUCCUCUGCUGUCUACAAUGUAAUGGAUGUUGAAGUAAGUAUUGCGGAUAAACAUCUCCCUUCUGCUCCUCUCAAUAAGUCAUUGCUUGCCGAUCUACCUUCACCCUCUCAAUUUAUCGGCUUAGGUCAUGGAGGAGAGAGUAAUGGAGAUGUAAAUAACAUCAAAACAUCCAAGCAAACUGAUGAGAAUGGGUCCAUAAACGGUUCAAAGCAUAUUUUUGAAAGGAAAGAGGAUAAUGAAUACGAUCCAAAGCUUAGCGAGCUUAUUGGAACAAUUCCUAACAUUGAUGUAAACACAAAUAAGUUCACAAUACAUUUCCAAGAAGAAAAGGCUUCAGAAGGUAAUGGGAUUGCAAAUGGGCUUCCCAAGGUUGAUUAUGCGGACCUUGUUCAGAACAGUCGAUGCACAGGUGCUAAGAAAAGAAAGUCUGGUUCUGUGAAGAGGUUCAAAAAAGACUCUGUCAUGUGCGAACAAGUUUUCUUACCGAAUUCAUCUGGGAAUUUCUCAGUUGGCUCUACCGGUGCAGCUGCACAACCAGGGAUUGAAAAUCCUAGUUUAACUUGGGGUAAUUCAAGUCACAUGCCAAUGACUGAAAAUUCCAUAAAUGCAUUUGCUAUCACCAAGAUCCUCAAGCCUAUAGGCUUUUCAGCCUCUGUGUUUGACAAUGUCCAGGAUGUGCUGAUAACCUUUCGUGCAUUAAGCAGCAUAGUGUCAUCUUUUCAAGUGGGUGCAUACUUUGCAGGUCUGAUGGACAAGAAGUAACAGUGGAUAACAAGUUUCUCAAGGCUAAUAAUCCACAUCUGUUAAUCAACUUUUAUGAGCAACAUCUCAAAUACAGUACAUGAUUGGAUUGGAAUUUUGGACAGAAGUUUGUAUAUGAAGAUCUGCACCAUAGUAUGCUCUUGUCUGUGUACAGUGUUGUAAUUCUGUAGUUGCAGGAGAUAGUGCAGGACGAUCAGUGUUGUCUUAGUUCAGGAAUGUAAAACUAAUUGAUAUACCUACAGUGCAUCGUUUUUCAACCUUUUCCCCACAUAUGAUUAGGUUUUUGUAUAUCAUCUAACUACGGUUAUCUAAAUAUUUUACAUGACAAUGACUAGAACAAUAGAAGUUCACAUAGUUUGUAAUCAUGCUGUCAUCAGUCUCUCUCUACAUGUCUGUUUCUUCCACAACAAACUUUAUGUAUUGCUUUUGGACAUGAAUCAGUGGAUGAUGUUUCUGAACAUCAUUAUCAUUAUCA